AUGUUCCGGACAGAAGUUUUACCCGUGACCGACAAAAGAGACUUGGAGAAGAUUGUCGAUAUCGAGGAAAGGGCAUUCGGAGCGGCCUCACCUUUAUUACGACUGAUUUACCCCAUAUCGCCCUCUCCAUCUUCGGCCAUUCUUCGAAGUUCAAAAAUCGCCAGACAUGAGCAUGUCUGGCAAUCGGACCCAACGGUACAUUACAUCAAAGCGGUUACAUACGAAACAUCUCCCGAGGGUGCAACAUCUGAACGCAUAAUUGGCGCAGCCGUAUAUAACGUCUAUGAGUCCUCCCAUACAGCUUCUGAACGAAAUCCAUGGCCUCACACUUCAGACGAAGUUCCCGAAGGAGCAAACGCGCCUCUUUGUCUUCAUUACUUCGGGACAUUGACUAAAGCUCGACUGGACUUUACCAAUGGCGAACCACAUGCAUUCUUGGAGAAUUUGGCUGUUGAUCCCAACUUCCAGAGACGCGGAGUUGGGACAAAGCUUCUCGAGUUCAUGAUUUCCGAUAUAUCUUCCAGAUACGCAGAUGAAGGCCUCGAUAAUGUCGGUUGCUGGCUGGACUCCUCCCCUUCCGGACUAAAGAUGUAUCAAAAUCUUGGGUGGGAGGAAGUUGGUUCCAAGUCUUUUGAUUUGGAGCCGUGGGGUGGUGCAAAGGGCCAAGUGCACAAAAAUGUACAUAUGCUGAAGUCGAUAUCAGUUUCUGAAUCUUGA